AUGACGACCUUACACACCUUGCUUCACUGCCAUCGUGACUCGUAUCAACUACAACAUCAUGACAACCUGCUCAAUAAUGUGCCGUCUGAAAAGCUCUCCAUGCAGGGCUGGGCUCGAGCUGAUCUUAAUUUCUUGUCCCUUCUGUAACAGUGGGUGGGCUCGUCUUGCGGCUUACACGGACCAUAUAUCUUCUAUAAAGCCUUUAAAUUUCACCGGGGCGGCAAGCCCAGGAUCCUGGCUCUGGGAGACUUUUUCUUCGUGCGCUGCAGACCCGAGGAGCCCGUGUGCAUAGCGGAGCUGCAGCUCCUCUGGGAGGAGAGGACGAGCAGGCAACUUUUAUCCAGCUCCAAACUUUAUUUCCUACCCGAGGAUACUCCCCAGGGACGCGCGGCGGCUCAGCAUGGAGAGCAUGAGGUCAUCGCAGUGUCAGAGAAGGUGAUCGUGCGGCUGUCGGACCUGGUGAAGUGGACGGUACCGGACUUCUCAGGAUGGGACAACGGUCUGAAGGUGGAGCCCCUCAAACCCUCUGUGCUCCGGGAGCUGGGGACCAACGGCAGGCGGGAGGCCCUCCACCGCUACCGGGAGAGCACCCUGACCAGUGGACUCAACUUCAAGGAUGUACAGAGGGAGCGAGCGCAGCUGGGCCAGGAAGAGGACGGGCGGAAGGUUUUAGUCCUGAGUUACCCGCAGUACUGCCGCUACCGCUCCGUUCUGGCUCGGCUCAGAGAGCAGCCCUCCUCGCUGCUCAUAGACCACACAGUGCUGGCGCUGGGCGGCAUCGCCGCGCUGGGCGGCAGCACCAGGAUCCUGUACUGCCGUGACACCUUCGAGCACCCCACCCUGCUGCAGAACGAGAGCAUCUGCGACGAGUUUGCUCCCAACCUGAAGGGGCGACCUCGAAAGAAGAAGCUUUCCAUCUCUCAGAGGAGGGACUCCCAGGGUCAGGCUCCCAGUCAAGGCUCCUCAGGGUCAACAGCUGUAGCAGCUCAGGACCCCUCAAGUCCAGAGAGCAAAACGACAACCAAGGUUAAGCCCGGCUAUAAAGCAGUACCUAAUGGAAAACUAGCCACGUCAGCUAAACAAAAGCCCGCCGGCCUUGGGAAGAAAUCCUCGACCGAGGAGAGGGAACGAGAGAAGGAGAAGGAGGAGAAGAACGAUGAGGAAACAUCAGAGGAGAGCCGAGCGGAGGAGCAGUCUUUCUUAGUCGCUCUCUACAAGUACAUGAAAGAGCGAGACACGCCCAUAGAGAGGAUCCCCUUCCUCGGCUUCAAACAGAUCAACCUUUGGACCAUGUUUCAAGCUGCUCAGAAACUCGGAGGAUAUGAGUUGAUCACAGUCCGCAGGCAGUGGAAACAUGUGUAUGAUGAAUUGGGUGGCAACCCCAGCAGCACAAGUGCCGCCACCUGUACACGGAGACACUACGAGAGGCUCCUCCUUCCUUACGAGAGGCACCUUAAAGGUGAGCAGGACAUGCCCCUCCCCUUGACCAAACCCAGGAAGCAGGAGAGCAGCCAAGAGAAGACAUCUGCAGCUGGAGCCAAAACAAAAUCAGUUGUGGCCAAGAAACUGAAAGGCUCCAAGUUAGGGAGUAAAAAGGACAAAAGAGAAACAAAAGCAGAACAAACACAGCAGGACUCGAUGGAGAAAGACGUGAAUGACGAACUCUCCAUAGCCGUGAAAAAGGAGUCGUCUCUCCAAGAUGAACCGAUUGUAAUAGAGGAGGAAGAGUUGCAUCUCACCCUGAAGAAAGAGGAGUCGCUGACGGAGGAGCAGCCACCCUCACUUGACUGCAGAACCCCACAUGGAGGUUUCUCCCUCCGCACGGGUCCUUCUCCUCAACCUGAAUGGAGGCAAAUCAGUGAGGCCCUCAAAGCGAAACUCGUCGGCGAACAGCAAACCGAAGGGAACUUCAUUCCAAAACAUCCUUACCUGCCUCAUCGCUGGGAUCAGACUAAACCUGCUGUGCACGUUGCUCUGCCUGAGCACUUCUCUAAGGUCAAAGACUCCAUUGAAAAUCACGGCGGGAGAGUGGGCAAGGUGCUGCCGAUGUGUAAGCAGGCAGAUGAACAGUGUUUAGACCUGAGCUCAGAUUCUUUCCCAGAGAAAGAGGACUAUGGUAUGAUUAAGAAGGAGUCUACCCAGGGCUCUGGACAGACAGCUGCCUACUGCAAAGCUAGCCAGGGGGUCAUGUCUCCUUUGGCCAAAAAGAAGCUCCUCUCCCAAGUGUGCGAUUCUAAUGCUUACUCCUUUUCUCUGCAGUCUCCACCUCCCACAGCCAUCUCCUCUCUCCCGGUCGUAUUGGUUUCCGAACAUGAGAAAGAGAAGAGAAAAGGUGAAGAGGAGGUGGUGAGGCAGAGACGCAACGGUUUGUCCGACAGCGUCCUCGAGGUAGCCCCCAUAUUUAGGCCAUCGGUCAUCCAGCAUGCCCAGAGCAGCAAGGCUCACCAACAGAGCACGGGUGGGCAGUCAGAGAGGAGCACUGUCGGGGAGGCGUCAGACGCCUACAGCUGCCGGACAAGCCAUCACAUUCAGUCCCAAUCCAGUGUGCCGUGGCAGCCGUACCUCCCCCAAAUUCAGACCCAAGACGGCGUGGAAACCACUGAGGAGAAGUUACUCCAAGGCCCAGCCGCUCAGUCCAGGAGCUAUGCAGGCGACUGCUACUCUUCCCCUCACCUCCACAGCUUAUACAGACAAACUGAGAGCUGCCUGAGCCAAGAGAGGAUGGCUGGCUUCAGCAGUGGAGAGCGGAGAGAGCACUAUCGCAGGGACCGUGAGGGCAGUCAAAGCUUUACCUGUGGCAGCCUGGAGCAGGAGGGCUUGGCCUACAGGUCUCACUACAGUGACAGGACUCAAACACGUAGAGAGAACGGAGAGGCCGAGGACGAGCCCAGAGACUUCACCAUUUCAAAGCCUCUCUCGCAGAGGGUUUCCUCCUUCUCCAAGACUCCUUUCUGUGGUCUCUCCUAUCCCAUCAUGCAUCAUGGUUUGGAUUCCCAUCCUAAAGCAUGCAGAGUUACACCUAUGACAAUCUCUCCCCCCAAACAGAGCUCAUCUGAGCAGUCACAGACGUUUCCUAGCUCCAAAGCUUCAGGUGACCUGCCCCUCAGUACUUCUAUUCGACCCAGUAAGCGAAGCCUCGCGGAACCCGAGAGCGACAAUCCCCCAGAACGUAAAGUGCGCGUAGUGACACCUAUCCAUCCUGCCAGCACAAUCCGACGCAGCGACCCGGAGGAGCUGAAACCCGCAGAGCCGGCUCUUGCCAUUCACCUCAACAAUCAUCUACCCGAAGGCCACCCUACAACCUCCUUCCCCCCACAUCACGCUGCGCCCCUCUACGCUGGUAUUUACCCCCACGGUACCCUGGUGUCACCGGGCGCUCAGGACGGGCUCCAGCAGCACCCAAGUCUGCAGUACCUGAAAAGCCAGUCGGCCGUGUCCCCCCUCGUGCCCUCGUUUGCCAUCCACUCCAUGAUGCUCCACAGGCAGCUGUUGGCCUCCAGCCCCAGCCCGCACCACUUCUACAGACAGCCAGGUGGGGCGUCGCUGUACGGGGACUUGUUGCACCACCUCUACCCUCUCUCCACCCUCCCACCACCCCAGCUGUCAUCGGUACACCCCAGCACCAGACUGUGA